UCGUGAAAAAUCGGCGUAAAAAUAACUUCAUCGCAUUCCACUGCUGGAGCGCAAAGUUGAACGUUGUUUCAAAGGCAGGCGACCGUGUUUUUCCGAAGAGGUGUAAAGCAUUCUGUUGGGCGAAUUGGUGAAGUGGCAAAGUUCAUAUCGCUUCAAGCUGGCCAACGAUUGCCUCCCGAAUCGGUAUGCUGUGCCGUAGGAUGCGUUUAACCGAGCGCCAUCUUCAGCCUCCACGCGAACCCAACGAGGGCCCAGUCAUUCGUCCUUGCACUGCACGCAAAUUGGAGGGGAGCGACAGAGAAUCUCCACUUUUCUCGGCCGGACAUCAUGGGAGAAAAUCAUGUGAAAUCUCCAAGACACCACUGAUGAUUGUCAAUCUGAAUAUUCCACCCGGGACGCAAACGUUGGCACCGAGGAGCGUGAAAAGUCCUCGCAAAUUACCACCCUUUUGCGUGCAGCACCAACAUCUGGCGAGAGCUUAUGGCACCAAUCAAUCUCAUUCCGCCCCUGAAGAAGCGCCGGCGUACCCUAACAGAACAAUUCCACAGAUCUUCAUACAGGGAUACGAGAUUCAAGAUAAAAAGACCUCGCCGCUGAAACAGCCAACAGACGACAACCAAGAUUGCGAGAUUCGUCCCAUCACCGAAAAUGAGGAAGACAGCUUCGCGACUAUUCUGCUGGAUAAUAUUUCGAAUAUUUCAUUGGAAAUGAUCAAUAGGCACCAACGCAAACUCAUGGGAACUACGAACUCUACGAAAACAGCUAGCAAAGCAUGCAACACGUCGGCAUGCGAUAUGUUUUUGAAUUUGGAUUCCUAUGAAAUGGAUGACUAUGGACAACUGCCAGAUAAGUCUGAAGACAAAACGGAAGACUCGCCUCCCAUUCCCCCUGGCUAUAGGUCGCUCUGUUACCGUACACCAAGCCCCAACACUCGGCAGAUUAUCCGAGUCAACGUCACCGUGAAUAGAGGACGCCAUGGUGAAGAAUGUUCGCGUUUCAAUCAUUAGUUGUUUUCUUGGGAAAUAUGUUAUUGUUAAAUAUGAAGGACUAAGUAUUAUGUUUUAAGUUUCUGGUUUUCUGAGUUUGAACCAAUGCCACAAUCAAAGCUUUUAUUGUAAAAAUGAUUGAUAUAGAAUGGAUCAUUUUCGUUUUAUUUGCAUAAGUGACUGCCUUACUAUCUUGAUUUUUUACUUGACUAUUAAUCGGUAAGAUCGAAUGAGUUUCAAUUUCCGGUAAAGGUCCAGUAUAAGAUCAAAAUACUAAUAAUUUAAUCAUCGUGCGUGUAAGAAUCUAUUAGCUUGAAUGAGAUUCGAACCCACGUCUCUUGUAUGCUAGACGAAUGGUCCAUCAAUCUGCCUAUUGAGUCAUUUGGUUACUUUAUAGCUCAGCACUUGUAACAAGUUCACUGAUUCAAUUAUCUAAGUUAUUCAUGAGUGCUUAAUUGUAUGGUUAAAACUUUUUGUCUACCAAACCUAUGUUGAGUCAAUAAGGUGGCUCAGUAACUUAGUUGGUAAAGCACGUGUCUAGCAUACAGGAAUCUAGAGCUCAAAUCCUUCAUGAGAACGUGAAAAAAGAUCAUAACUUCGCUUAUAAUUGAGAGACUCAUACGUUUUACCCUCCUGCGUCCAAAAGUUAACUACUAUAGAUAAAAACAUAUUUUUAUGAGCGGUGGAAUGCUAUGGAUUUUUUAAGACCCUGUUCAUUUUCGAAUUUGCAAAAUCAUAAAUCAUUUCAUAAAAUAAUUGGUGAACUUUACUAUUAUGAUUUGGCAGCAGUUUAAUCGAAAACUGAUAUGUUUAAUUUUUUGAACUGGUUUAUUUUAUUGGUUCACUUUUGAAUAGGUUAAUUUGUUAAUAUGGUAAAAUUUGUUGUUAUAAUUUGAUAAAAUUAUAAUCGUACACAAUUAUAUGUACCUUUAUGAAUCAAUUCACUUUUGAACCGAUGCAUUUUAUAGAAUUUUGCUCUGAACUGGUAAUCAUUUAUUUCUUAUUUCAGAAGAUUACCGGUAAAUUUUGCUGUUAGAAUUUGAAGACAGUUAAUACAUACAACUGUAAUAUGUAGCUUAUUGAAUCAACUCAUUUGACCGAUUCAGUUUUGAAUUAAAAAUAUCGGCAUAUAAGGGAAAAUAUCGGCAUAUAAAACAAAAAUAACGGCAUAUAAGGUAAAUUGUGAAGUUAGUGAUUCUAAUUCAGCUGAACGUAUUAAUAAUGAGAAUCGAAGUGUACUAUUCAAGGAUGGAAAAAAAUCGUCUCUUGCGACAAACAACACGGUAUACGGAUCUAAGAGGGCCGCCGCUCUUGCAGCAAGCAUGAUUUGAACACCUCACCACGCUCGUACUCUUCCGACAUAUGGAGCAUCCGAUGCAUUGUUUGUCGUGGGACAAAGAGUUUAUCGGAUGUUGUUACAAGUAGCGAUCAACUUGAAUCAUGGCGCAUUCGGGCCAUUACUUUUCACUAAACACAUGCCAUUUUAGAAUCACAAACAAUAUAUCUGAAGGGAAAUCAACAGAUAAAAAUGGAACUAUCCUCAGAAUGAUAAAACUAUGACUCGCGAACACUUAAUCGCUAGCAUACAUGCAGAACGAUGAAUUAAUCGCGGAGCGUAGUUUGUUGUGAUACCGUGAUGCAUCAAUACCCGGACGCUUAAAACGACAGGAGUUUUCAAACUCGUGUUUAAGUAGGUUUUGUUAGAAUUUUCUUGAAAAUUUAUUGUUCAACACAUUUUUACAAACCAGAACUUCAUGAAAGUGAUAAAAUUUCCAGGAUUAAACAUGAUUUUCACAAGAAAAUUGAUAAAAUAUUGGUGCUUACCUUGUCCUUAAAUCCGGACACUGGUUGCAUAAGAUGUUUUCAAAUCCGGACAUCCGUGUUAAAGCUUGAAAUAUUUAAAUAUUGCUUAUGAAAAUCAUUUCAAACUCACUUAAAUAUCACUCUACAAUCAAAUCGAUGUACGUAUUCCCCUCACGGUGUUGCAAAUAAUAGCAAGUAAGUGAUAAUAACUGGAUCAUGUAUAGCUCGAACUGAUGUAUAUGUGGCUUGAGUGUCAAUAACGAUAGACAUAUGCGAUAUAUCUUGCAUUAAAUCAAACCCUGAUUACUCACACCGCUUUUCAUGAAUUAUUUUUCAAAUCUUCUCUUAUUUUCCAUUAAAAAAUUCACUUUCACUUGUUAAAAUAACGCCUUCCAAAUCAUGUCCGGAUUUAGAAACACUGAAUCGUAAUCCCGGACAGGCUAUUUACACACCAUAAAACACAAAUUGCCAUAAUACUCUUCAACAGUGAAGCUAUCAAACAUUCAAAAAAGCUUUCUGUAAACUAUUAUGUUCACAACACUGCAUAAAAAAUGUUUCACAAACUUUUUCUUCAACAAAACGUUGUUGUCAUUUGGCUUGUGCGUCCAUAGAUUUUGAACUUGGCUUUAUAUAGACCGCGACGAAAUGACGUCCAACAGGAACAACUAGUUUAUUAUUAUUUUUAUCAAUUAUUUGGCAAUGGUUACUAGAUUUAAAAUAAAAGCACAAUGAUCUACAAUAUUAAAAGUAACGAAUAUGAGUAAUAUCCAUAUAUAUAAGUGUUGAAAUCUAGCUUUAAUUUAUUAAUAUUGUUAGAGUGUCCGGA